AUGCCUACAAUUGUGUUGGAUAUACAAGCAAAAGCUGUUUGGCUCUCGCUUUUGCGUGAGAAUUUUUAUACUAACUUUUUCCUUGCAGGUCUGGAGGAAUGGAUGCACAUGAAUCUAAAUGCCAACCUUAGCAGGAGAGCAACAGAGGAUUGGAGCCCACUAUGGGCAACGACUUGUCAUACACUUUGGUUUUGGCGCAACAAAAGGAUCCAUGAUGAUACUUUUAUUAUGCAAACCAAUCUGAUUGAAGACAUUAGGAGACGACAUAAGGAGUACAAACUGAGUUUGUCUACUCAAAGAAUACAUGAUACCAAGAUGAGAAAUCUGAUUCAUGUCAAUUGGUCUCCGGCUCAGGAAGGCUAUGUUACUCUUAAUAUAGAUGGAGUGUCUAAGGCUACUGAAUUGUGGGGAAUUCUCGAAGGAAUCAAAUUUGCUCGAAUGAAGGGAUACACAAGGAUAAGUAUUCAGUCAGAUAAUAAGUACAUUGUUGAUGCCAUAGCUGUAAAGUCGUUUAAGAACAAGGACGAGAAUGGAAUCUACAAUCAAAUUAGAAAAUACUUCGCUGAGUUGGAAAACAUCACCCUUUCACAUGUUUUCCGUGAAGCCAACAAGAGCGCUGAUAUUAUGGCUAAUUUAAGUUUGUCUCAUGAUAUGGAAGCCAAUUUUAUACGGUUUGCCCAACUGAGUUGGUAG